CCAAAUACGAAGCCAGUAAUAAUAUCCUUCUUCAACAACCUUCUGGAAUAGGAUCUGCGCCUUUAUACUUUUCCUAUUUCAGCCGGAGUAGGUGACUACACCCUGAUUUCUGCUCAUCGCUCUCUGGUUCCGAUCGGAAAUUCAGAAGGUUCAUUGGAUUCCGAUUUGCUUUUGUUUAUCGUUGCGGCAUUUAAUUCUGCCAGCUGAAUUGGCCUCUCAUGUGGCCAUUCUAUCUUCUCUUCAACAAGAUUCUCAAGCUAGAGGAACCAAGAGAAUUGGGUGGAGAUGAUUUGAGUUUAGUAGAAGUGUACCCAUUUGACAAGUUUCUAAGUAAAAUAAAACGUGAUGCUCCAAUUCUGCCCCGCUCCCAGUUCAUUGAAGUAACACACAUAAACCAGCUUCAACAAUGGGAUUGUGGCCUUGCUUGUGUUUUGAUGAUUCUGGACACUCUUGGUAUACAUGAUUGCCAUAUUCAAUCACUAGCAGAUCUAUGCGGCACAACGAGCAUAUGGACUGUCGAUCUGGCAUAUUUGUUGCAGAGCUUUUCAGUCAGUUUUUCCUACUUCACGGUGACCUUUGGUGCUGACCCUAAUUAUUCUGUUGAAUCAUUUUACAAGGAGGAACUAGCAAAUGAUCUGGUACGAGUCGAUAAGCUAUUUCAAAAGGCAGUGGAUGCUGGAAUCAAAAUUGAGUGCAGAUCUAUCAGCAAAGAAGAAAUCUCUCUCUUAAUGUUAUCUGGGAUAUAUGUUGCUAUUGUGUUAGUUGAUCAGCAUACAUUGAGUCGGUCUUGGCUGGAAGAUGUACUUGUGUCAGGCAUAUGUGAUAGCAACUCCAGCUAUACUGGUCACUAUAUAGUGGUAUGUGGCUAUGAUGCUGAUGCGGAUCAAUUUGAAAUCAGAGAUCCUGCCAGCUCUAGCAAGCAUGUGAGGAUCUCAUCGAAGUGUCUAGAUGAUGCACGCAAAUGCUUCGGUACAGAUGAAGAUAUCCUAUUGGUAUCAUUGGAGAAGAGCGGGAAGCUAAGGAUCCCAUCACCACGUCUUUCUCCAAAUGUCAACAUCGACUGCUGAGUAUAUAUCUGUCUCCAUUCCAAUGUCUCAAUACCACGAGAGUAUUGAAACUCUGUAUUACUACACUACUGGUGGUCGUUGUAAAAGAUGGGCUCGUUUUUACUCAUUUACAAUAAUUCUCUUCAGGGUGAUUUUCAUCAUUUCAUUGACGACAAUGUUCUGCUGUCCACUGCAUGUUAUAAGGCUCUUGAUCGAGGUGUUGAGUUGACCUAGAAGAUAGACACUCAAACUUGUGCGGUAUUGUGUUCAACACUCCUUACUUAAGUUCAUGCUUGUAUCGAAAAAGUGUUAAGUUGGGUUAGAGUAGUGUUGCAUAACUAAUUUGACCAUUAAGAUUUUGUUCGUGAAGCUAGGCUUAUGUGGUCCCUUGGCAUUCCAAUAGUCUCUUCUUGAUCUAGUAAUCUUUUUU